AAAGGCUGGGCACAGAUGAUUAAUACAUCUUCACAGCUCGCCGCUUAGUCCAGCCCGCCUGGAUGAGCUGGGGAUGGAUGUGCAGGGUUCAUGUGGAGCUGCUCGGGUUACUGUGCGGAGCUGGAGCUCAGGUUGGUCGGUGCUAAAUCGGCUGUCCCCGGUUUGUGACUGCGGUUCUGCAGGUGAAAUGAAAGGAAAAUUCAGCACAGACAGUGAAAUGAAAACUCAGCCGGUCGUAGCCCUUAGAGCAAACCCGGCUCUGGAGGAGCAGGUUGGGUCCACUCCAGCUCCCAGCUGCUCUGUCCUGAGGUUUGAUCUCAGGGAAAAAAAUCCUUCCUGGGAGCAGCUCUGCAUCACAAGGCCUGGCUCUGGACUCUGGCAGGGUCAGAAACCUGCACAUGAAUUACCUCGGAAAAAGUCAGGCUCUGCUCGACGCCUGAAGCGACGGCUGAUGGAGGAAAUACCAGUUGUGAACACCCAGUACAGGUGGAGCACAGAGAACUGUGAGAGAUCUUCAAAUCACAACUUGGGACAGACCAUCCAUCAUCCCUGCCUUGCUCAAGAUAUCCAUAUUUUAUCGGAAUUGCAUCAGGGAAUUCUGAUCCAUUCGACGUGUUAACCCUGUGUUUUGCAGUUUGCUGCCUCCCCAUCUUUCAAUUCAUUCAUGUCAGUUUAUUUCCAAAGCAAUGCAAACACUUUAUUCCCUGGUUUCAUACAUCCUGACCUGCUCCUGAAAACCCCACAGAUAAUCUGUGUUAUUAACCAUGAGAAACACACAGCAGUGAGUGCAUCACUGUCAUCUCUCACUGCCCCCAGUUAGUCCCAGUCUAACCCUUUUAGCCUCAAGAGAAACCAGAUUAUAACUUGUCUGUCAGGGCUGAGGCGGAUUUUACGCAACCAAUGUCGUAAUUAUCGAAAUGAUUACUCUAUCAGUCAGCAGCUUGUUUGACCACAAGACCUUUACAUCUUUUUGCUGAUUCUGGACUUUCUGAAGCAAAGAGAAAUGGUUUCCUGGGUGUAAAGGCAACUCCUGCAGCGCUCAGGCUGUGUCAGAGCAGCCCAGCGUGCAUCCACUGUCAGAAAAUUGAACAGUCAAUAGGAAUUCAUUAAUAGCUGACUAAAUUUUCUAUCUCUUCUGGUUUUAUUCUACUACUUGGAAUGGUGGCCAAAAAAAAUUAUCAAGACUAGGUUAUUUCCUCGCUUCUUGACCCUUUCCUGAAGGAAAUCUGCAUUGGGCAGUCAUAGAGUAGAGCACAAUGAAGGUAACUCAUUUAAUUUUUAAUUUGAGGCAGCGAUUUUCAGCAAUGACCAGACUGUAAUAAGGUUUGUAUUUAGUCUCCAUCUUGCAGGGUGCAGUUAAACUCAUUCACAAACUACAUAAACAAACUCCCUGAGUUUACAGCCCUGGCAGAAGGAGUCACUGAGGCAGCUGCUUAGAGCAGAGCCCAGUUUUAGUGGAGUUCUCUUAGGGCUUGAUUGAGCCCAUGGGCUGGAACUCACACAUCAGCCUGUGGGAGAUGAGAUGCACCCAUAAAUCAGCUGCCUGGUCAUUUUGUGGCUUGCUAAGUAUGGAAAACCUCAAAUCUUACAUCUCCCCUCCUGACUGCUCGUGUUCAUAUCUCAUUUUCCUCCCGGAUGGCUGCGGAUGCCCAGGCGGAUUCUCUCGGAGAUGGAUCGGGGGAAUCCACGGAUCGGGCUGCAGGUGCUGGGAACGGGGCUGUUCAAACACGCUGGCAGCCUGUAACCUUUGUGCCAAAGUUACUCAUCCCAGUCCCACCCACAGGCUUGGCACGGAGCUCUGCACCUCGGGAAGCCUCCUGGCUCCUUAUCACGGUGAUAAAAGCAGCGUGCAUUUGUACCGAGCUCUGCCUGCUCCAGAUCCGCAGCUGCCUCCUCUCCCUCGCUGGCUGUGCCUUGCCUCAGCAGGGGGAAAGGCAGCCACACAAAUUGGCCCCAGGGAAGAGGGGGAAUAUCCCUGGAAUAGAGAACUGCCUGGGAUAAAUGGGCCUCCAGAACGCCAAAGCCUCCUCAGUGAAGCGGGCCAACAUCCUGAUGCUAGGGCUGGAUUCUGCGGGGAAAUCCACGCUGCUCUGCAAGUUCAGGUAUAAAGAUGAUUUUCUAACAAUGCCAACGAUUGGCUUUAAUGUGGAUAUGAUUGAAGCAGGGAAAGAUUUUACACUGACAGUUUGGGAUGUUGGAGGACAGAAGAAAAUGAGAGAGCUCUGGAACAAUUUCCUGGAAGACACCGACGGGCUGCUCUACGUGGUGGACAGCUCUGACAAGCGCCGGCUGGAGGAAUCCAGGCGGGAAUUUGAGCUCAUUUUAAAGAAUGAAUCCAUAAAAAACGUCCCUGUGGUCGUGCUGGCGAACAAGCAGGAUUUGCCUGGAGCUCUGAACGCCGAGGAGAUCACCAGGAGGUUCAAGAUGAAGAAGUACUGCAGUGACAGGAACUGGUACGUGCAGCCCUGCUGUGCCAUCACGGCAGAAGGGCUGCCAGAAGCUCUCCAGAGAGUGGCCACGUUUGCCAGGCACUACAGCAAGUCAAAGGAGACUUUCACCACCCUCAAGGAACUCACUGCCUUUUAAGGAUUUCUAUCAUCCACUUCUGGUGACUCUUAACAGAUUUUGUUGGACAGAUGAAAUCUGGAAACACUGAAUUGUGAAGAACUUUUAUACAUAAAUAUUUAUAAAGAACUGUGACAAUGUUAAAUUCUACUGUUAUACCUGCAGAUAUUUGAUAUACCUGCUAGGAUGUCUCAUACCUGAGACAGGACUCUGUAGCAUUUUGUUAUUAUUUUUAUUUUUUUAUUUACUUGGGGUUAUUUAAGUUGAAUGAUGAGAAAGGAGCAGUUGAGCACACGGAAAUAAAAUAGGUGAGCGGUGUUUAAGUGGCUUAAAAUCAAAUAAAGGUUCAAAUCAAUUUUUUUCACUAUA